UCGCGAGGUUUCCACCCCCCCCCCACCCCCCCCCCGCCCCUCCUCGCUCCACGUCAGAGGGAACCGGGCGGAGCGGCCAACAUGGCGGAACGCAGGCGACACAAGAAGCGGAUCCAGGAAGUUGGUGAACCAUCUAAAGAAGAGAAGGCUGUAGCCAAGUAUCUUCGAUUCAACUGUCCAACAAAGUCCACCAAUAUGAUGGGGCACCGAGUUGAUUAUUUUAUUGCUUCAAAAGCAGUGGAUUGCCUUUUGGAUUCAAAGUGGGCAAAGGCCAAGAAAGGAGAGGAAGCUUUAUUUACAACAAGGGAGUCUGUGGUUGACUACUGCAACAGGCUUUUAAAGAAGCAGUUUUUUCACCGGGCACUAAAAGUAAUGAAAAUGAAGUAUGAUAAAGACAUAAAAAAAGAAAAAGAGAAAGGAAAAGCCGAAAGUGGAAAAGAAGAAGAUAAAAAGAGCAGGAAAGAAAAUCUAAAGGAUGAAAAGACAAAAAAGGAAAAAGAAAAAAAAAAAGAUGGUGAAAAGGAAGAAUCCAAAAAGGAAGAAACUCCAGGAACUCCUAAAAAGAAGGAAACUAAGAAAAAAUUCAAACUUGAGCCACAUGAUGAUCAAGUUUUUCUGGAUGGAAAUGAGGUAUUUGUGUGGAUAUAUGACCCGGUUCACUUUAAAACAUUUGUCAUGGGAUUAAUUCUUGUAAUUGCAGUGAUAGCAGCCACCCUCUUCCCGCUUUGGCCAGCAGAAAUGAGAGUAGGUGUUUAUUACCUCAGUGUGGGGGCAGGCUGCUUUGUAGCCAGCAUUCUUCUUCUUGCUGUUGCUCGUUGCAUUCUAUUUCUCAUCAUCUGGCUCAUAACUGGAGGAAGGCACCACUUUUGGUUCUUGCCAAAUCUGACUGCUGACGUGGGCUUCAUUGACUCCUUCAGGCCUCUGUACACACAUGAAUAUAAAGGACCAAAAGCAGACUUAAAGAAAGAUGAGAAAUCUGAAGCCAAAAAGCAGCAGAAGUCCGACAGUGAGGAAAAGUCAGACAGUGAGAAAAAGGAAGAUGAAGAGGGAAAAGUAGGACCAGGGAAUCCUGGAACAGAAGGCUCGGGUGGAGAACGGCAUUCGGACACAGACAGUGACAGGAGGGAAGAUGACCGAUCCCAGCACAGUAGUGGAAAUGGGAAUGAUUUUGAAAUGAUCACAAAAGAGGAACUGGAGCAGCAAACAGAUGGGGAUUGUGAAGAAGAGGAAGAAGAAGACAAUGAUGGAGAAACAACUAAAUCUUCCCAUGAAAAAUCAUAAUCUGACUAAUUUGGGACUAAAGUGCAAGAGGUUGGAUUUUCUAUGUUGGCUGAUCGUCCUAAUGUACACAUGACAUUUGUAGUAUUCUUUAAAUCCAUUUGCUGAAAUGUAUUUGACAUCCAAGCAAUUAUAUUCAGUCCUUCAUUUCAUAGAAUACUAUUAUUGGUACAGUCUAAAGCCAUUUAUAAGUUGUAUCUGUUUGAUAAUUUUACAAUAAGUAGGUCUUACUUGUUUUGAUAGUUAUCAAAGAUGCAUUUUCCACAAUGAUAUUUAGAUUAAUGGCAUUUUUGAUAGUUGUAUGGCUUUUUACUGUUAGAUUAAUCAAAAUAACCAAAAGGGAUAAAAGAGAAACACCAACAUUUCAGAUUAUGCGUAGUUAUGUAGCCAUUUCACAGUUUCUUUAAAAUGAAAUGCUUAAACUCCUUGUUCUUGAUAGUUAAGUUUUGGUUGAUUAUAAAAGUAUACCAGGGAAUUUCUGGGAUUCUGAGUUAGCAGGGUUCAAAAGCAUUUUGUGGAAACAAGCCAACUAGUAAUGGUGCAGUAACACUUUUAGUUUAGCUACAAAUUCUCCUUUUCCAACUUAGGAAAUCCAAACUGAUUUGUACAUCUGACUCAGAGAAAGAUAGUCAUCUCCAACAGAGGAAGCAAACAGCACUGGUUGGAAGGUGAUGGCUCUUCCCAUUUCCUUGUCGUAAAGUAAAAUGUAUUCUGUACAUAAUUUACAAAUAAACAUUUUAUUUUAAUUGUUACUUAUUAUUUAGACAUUUUUCUCAACACUUAAAUUUGUAAAAUUAAGACCAUGUAAGGGUAUGUUUUUAGAGAAGUGGAAGUUUCAGUAACCCACAGAACAUCUGUGCUCUUUCUACAGCAGCUUCAGUUUUGUGCCAACAUUCCAUGUAUUUGAAUAUGAGUUAAAAAGAUCCUUAAUAAAUAAGAGCAGACUUAAAGUA